GACCCUCUGAGGCUGACAGCGGCUCACUGACUCAUUGAGAAGGAUGACACCCAGUAUGUUACCGGGGGAAGGGGGAGCGCAGGGCUACGCACUGUGAGUGAGUCUCUAAAAGAAGAGGAGGGAUACAGCUGCAUGACUUUAGAGGUAGAGGAAUAAUGUCUUAGAGGAGGAGGAGUUGUCUGGACAGAACUGAGCAGCCUACGGGGGGCCACUGUAGACAGGACCAGCCCGGGUUCGGUCUACUGCUGUACGGAAUACCGACCGCUACGCUGUCUCUGUUGGGAGCCGCUCCGCAGAUUAUUCACGAUGCAAACAUCUUUUCUGCAAGGCCGUUGAGCCAAUCCACUGCUGCAGUUUCCGGGAAAGACGUGUUUGUUAGAGAGAGAGAAAGAGAGAGAGAGAGAGAGAGAGAGAGCGAGAGAGAGAGAGACGGUGAGUGCGCGCGCGCGCGCGCGCGUGUGUGUGUGUGUGUGUGUGUCUGCGUGUGUGAACGCGCGCGUGUUUGUGUGUCGCCAUGAGUCUGGUGUCGGGCUUCCCUCACCACCCGGUCAUGCACCACCACGACAGCCACCACUACUCCUUACAUGCGGCGGCGGCUGGUCGGUGUCACGAGGACACCGGGGCCCCUCCGUACUUCACGAGCUGGUUGAUAAGCCACGCGGAUAUGUCUCCCACCGAAUACAGCCUUGCACCCAGCUACAGCCCAGAGUACCAUGGCAACAGUGGCGGUGGGUCCACCGGCGGCAUGGACCCCCACCAUCACCAUCACCACCAUUACGGACCCGGCGGCCUGGUCCCGGGGGCCGGGCAGAUCUCGGUGAACGGAACCACGGUCGGCAUGCACCCCCACCACACGCCCCCUCGGCCCGUAAAGCGGAGACCGACAGCCAACCGGAAGGAGAGGCGGCGGACACAGAGCAUCAACUCGGCCUUUGCGGAGCUGAGGGAGUGUAUCCCCAACGUGCCGGCCGACACCAAGCUGUCCAAGAUCAAGACGCUGAGGCUGGCGACCAGCUACAUCUCCUACCUGAUGGACAUCCUGGACAAGGACGGACAGCAAGGAGACACUCUGGCCUUUAAAGCCGAGCUGAAGAAAACAGAGGCCCGGGAGGAGCGGAGAAAGAGAGAGGCGGUGGAGAUCCCGAAGACAACUUUGUCAUCAUCCUCCUCGUCAUCCUCCUCGUUGGCAAGCGAUAAGAAGAGUAAAGGCCGGACGGGUUGGCCUCAACAUGUCUGGGCUCUGGAACUCAAACAGUAGCGCCCCCUUGCCCAGAAGCCUCUACCUCCUCCGGCUAAGUCCUAGAGGGGAAUGAUGGGACAUCAAUGAGCCGCCCGAUGGACUGGUGGAACCCAUUGUGAUCUCUGUGGACCUUGAUGCUGCUCUCUUCCCACACAGCGGUGGACGCAGUGGUGGUUGUAGCGCCGUUCCGUUCUGCUAUUGCAAGGCACGAGGAAAGUGAUUCGUUGGAGUUCUUCAUAGAACAUCAUUUCAGAUGUAUGACACACACACACUACUUUCAUCAGCGAAGGCGCUUUCUGCAGGUUCUACAAGGAUUUGGCCCUGAAUUGAGAUUUAAUCCUUUAAUUUAACCCCGUGAUAGUUCCCCAUAAAAAACGGUUUAUUUUAUCAUAGAUACAUACAAAAACUCGCAGUAUGGUAAAUUCACAUUCUAGAUGAAAAUGAUUGAUCAUCAUGGCCAACUCGCGGGCUUGAUUAAUCUAAAAUGGCCUAUGCCACCCAUACAAUACAUUCAUUUACACAUUUGAGCAAGUAAAUCAUAGGAUCCUCUGUGAUACUCUUCCAAUUUACCAAGCGGUUAUAACGCAUUUGAAGGAAAAGGAUGCUUUUGAGUGGUCUUUUAAAAACCUCUUAUGUACCGUAUGUGGGCCUACACGUCUGAGCAGAGAAGCUUCAUAUAGUGCAGCGGAGUCCGUCUUCCUGGAAUCAUUUCUCAUUCUCUCCAUCACCCUCACACACACACACACACACACACACAAGCGUAUGCGAGAUUGACGUGAUCCUUGCUUUAUUUAACGGAAUAUAUUUAUGUGCAAUGUGGCCAUUUAGAAGGACCCAAAUCGGUCUAUAAAUGUCAUUAUGACAUUUACUGGCCAAGUUCUCUCUCUCUGUCUGUCUCUCUCUCGCCCUCUCUCUUUCACACACACACACACACACAGACACACACUCACUCUCACAUUCUCUCUUUUCCGUCCCUACAAUAUACGGUUGUAAAUGUAAUGAUGUCACAAUGGUGACAAAGUGUUGAUGUUGUGUGGUGUGUAGACAAUGCUUUAUGUGGGCUGUAAUCAGCGUCAUGAAUUUAAUAAACCCCCCUGGUUACAUGUUAACUGAAGCAAACUGGCCUAAUGUCUUCAUUUCAGUUUUCAUUUUGAAAUGGAGUUUUUGUGUCAUGACAAAACUGAGCCUAGGCUUUUUUGGACAGAUGGAGUGGAGUGAUGUGAAAAUACAAAAAAAUACUCCCUAAAAAAAGAAACACUGUAUUGAUCUGAUCUUUAAAACAGUACCUACAAGUUAUAUUUAAAAAGUGACAGGGAUGUAUAAGCAGGCAGGUCUGGUAUUUUUAUAAAUAAAGCACCACAAAUGGGAAAACACAUUCCAUUGAUUUUCCAUUGAGUGAAGGUGGUGAUGG